AUGGCGAGUGAAUCUCUUCAGUUCUUCAUCUUCGGCAGUCCGGUCACCAUGUCACCAUCACCAACCAUCCACGGCACGGGCUUCUCGGAGAAUCUGAGUCCACAUGUGUACGGCCGGUUUGACACCCCGGACAUCGAAAAGGUCAUGGCCGAAUUGCGCAAACCUUCUUGUGGUGGUGGCUCGGUGACCAUACCGCACAAGGAAUCCAUCAAAGAACACAUGGACGAGUUGUCUGAUGCUGCCCGCGUCAUUGGUGCAGUCAAUACGGUGACCAAGUGCAGCGGCCGUUUCAAAGGCGACAACACAGAUUGGCUUGGCAUUAAGAACCAGCUCGAAGCUCGACUCAGAGGCCGGAAGACCGAUAAGUUGACCUGCCUUCUUUGUGGAGCUGGCGGUACGGCAAGGGCAGCCGCCUAUGCCAUGAAGCAAAUGGGGGCAACUAGAGUGUUGAUUUUCAACAGGACAGCCAGCCGUGCGCAAGAGCUUGCGCAAGAGUUUGGCUUUGAGGCCUGUCCAGAUCUUGAUAGUUUGCAGCACGUCCAAGAUCUGCAUGUGGUGGUGAACACGCUGCCGGGAAGCACUCAGUUCACUUUGCCAGAUUCCUCCGCGCUCAGGAGGUGCCGACCAGUAGUUCUGGAGGCUGCUUACAUCCCACGACGAACAGCGUUCGUUUGUCAAGCCCUGGACGCAGGUUGCGAGGUUGUGGAAGGUAUUGAGAUGCUUUUCGAGCAAGGCUGCGCGCAAUGUGAGAUUUGGACGCAGAAGCCUGCUCCACGCUCACGCAUUGCACAGGCUCUUCUGGAGGCGCUCUUCAAAGCGGGCUCCACCCAUCCGGCUUUUGCAAAGAUGGAGCCGUAUGGCGAGUUGCCUACAUCUUUGGUGGCGGAGGCCAAGCAGUCAACUACCAACGUUCGGGUGUACCUGGCCAUAUCUGCGGUUCUAGCGCUGACGACCAUGGCUAUCUAUGUGUGCAGGAAGCAGGCCAGCAAACGGAGCUGA